UUUUAAUAUUUUGACUUACAUGCGCGAGUGAGAAGUUUGAUGCGCGAUUUGUUAGACGUACGAUCAAUGAGCAUCGAUCAUUAAGCGAGUUUCCUCAGUGAUUGGUAUAUAUGAUCGAGCUGUACAAACGAAAACAUAACGAGACAGGAUAUUCUACUACGAUCGCGCCGAGAAGUGUGGUACGAACGUGUAACGGACAAUUGACACAGGUGAACAUUGGUACGAUCGAUAAGUUGUCGUCGAUGAUUUCAAAGUGUCAGCGAGCGCGAUCAGAGUUGCCUUGGAGCUACAUCGAAUCCUCUUUGUGUGUCAUAUAAGGUGUCGAGCUAGAAAUAAGGAAAGAGAAAAAGAGACAAAAGAUGACGAGUGCGUGCUACGACACUGCUCCGUGCGAAGAAGAGAAAGAAAAAGAUAUCUAGACUGAGAGAUAGAGGGAGUAAGAGAGAAAGCGGCUGGUUCGAGGCCGAGAGACGGAACGAAACAGAGUGAUGCCGUCAACGGGUCACGCACGAGAACGGAUCCGGUCUCCCGUCCUCGUACUCCGUCCACGCAUGCUAUGUACUCGUUUUCACGAGUAGAAACCUUUUUGAGGAGAGGACUUGGUCACUGUGCGUCUGCAUUCGAAUAAGUCGUGGCCGGUUGACGCGUACGUGCCGCUGUCCGUACGACGGCCAUCUUGGAUUUACCAAGUGUCGCAUCGAACGCCCGCGAAUAUCAAUUUUACGUCGUCGUCGUCUUUUCCAAGUGAAUGGAAGGAGGUCGAGCGGUUGUUGUGAAAAAAGGAAAGUGGAGAUAAAGAAAGGCGUUGGAAAGAACGCACGAAGAAGGAGACUCGAAAAUACCAUCUUGAUACACGUCCAGUUUCGUACGUUAGACGCGAAAUUUGUAUCGUGAACAUUCGUUUGUCGAAGAAAACGAAGAGCUUAGUUUUGACAUGGUGAACGAUGAAAAGAGAGUGAAAAUCAUUCGAUCACAUCGAAAGUGACAAAAAGAUUUGUUACGUAUAAAAGGAGUUUAGAUUAAUCUGGAAGAUAUGCUCUUAAGGUGAACGACGAAACAAGUGAAGUGUUGAAAGGAAGGGUCAAGUGUAAGGGAAAGUAUACGAGUUGGAAACACGCUCGACGAAUGGAUGGUGCCAUUUUUGUCGUUCCCGGUGCGCGUGCAGUACGCGCGUGAAAAACAUUUGAGGCUCUCCUUUUUCUCCUUCCACUUUCGGUACGUCCAAUUGUGCCGUCGUCGACGAAUCAGGGAACGGACUGUUCCGAAACCACGCGUUCGUAAGUCGAUCAUGAAAGAACUACGUGUCUCGACAUUCAUCGAAUAAAGCAGUCAAUCUUAUAACGUGAAAAUGUUCGUGCCCGUUUCGUUGUCACUGUCACACUUUGAAAAUAUACGUCGACAAAAAUCAUAUAUAUGAAGAAUCGUUAUAAACGAUUAUUGUGAACGAUACUUUAUUGAAAUACUUCAUUAGAAUCUUUAUUGAUGUUCCUCUCGCAAUUUCUUUAACGCCUAACGCGUUCCAAAAGACAUCGGCCGAAGAAUGACAAGAAGGAGGCUAUGAGCACGGCGGACACGGUCCUGUCAAUCAACGUCAAGAUGUCCCCAGGGCCGGACCAUCGUCAGGAACCGGUUGCACCUGACAAAAGCAACACCGAAAACAGUCGAACAGAAAUCGGCAACGAUUCGGUUACCGAAAGUACUAUACUUGGCACGACAGAGGCCUUGGUAGUUCAGAAUAUUAAUCUCGAAGCGACUGGCACGCGUAUUGAAACGAUCUCUGAGCCUACGAACGGUCAAGGUACAACACCUAACAGCGGCUCUGACAACAAACAGGAAGAACCAACAACUCUCUCUACUUUAAAUGAAGGUGAAUUGCGUGCCCUACUAGAUGAAGCCAUAACUUAUAAAUGUCCUAAAGAUCGAGAAGGAAAAUCCAACCUAUUCAAGGAACUUUUACAAGAAGCUGAAGCUGAUGAGACCGAAGAAGGUCGUAGGGUAGUGACUAAUUCACGCUGUCUCCCUGGAUCUACUCGUAGAAGGCAUAAACGAGAUUCUGUAUCAGAACGCCUCACACACGGAGGUUCUUUACAGAAUUUGGCACAACCUAUUGCAUCAGAGUUUGAUAGUAGUUUUGCUUAUCUAACAUCUGGUUCUAGCCACACUUACGGAAGUGGCAAGAAAAAGAAUAAGAAAUACACAGGUCCUAGUGUUUCUGCUAGAGAAAGAGAAGGUGGAUCACUACCAUCUAAUGUUAAUGCAUCCCACAGCCUUGCCUCUUUGGCUAACCUUGAUCUCAUAUUUGACAACAAGAAGGGCUUUUCUGAAGAAAGAACAGCAUAUGAUUGGACUAACAAGGAGAAGUCAAAAUCUUUAGAUAAGUCAUCGAGUAUUUCAUCAAAAAAAGAAGAAAAAGAGAAAGAUAAAAAGGAUAGUAAAAGGGAUAGUGUCAGUGGAUUUUAUGAAUCUGAAAGUGAAUUACGCGAGAAGAAAAGUAGUAAAGGAAAAUACGGGACAAAUGAAAUGCUUGAAUCAGAUAAUCCACCACCAGAGUAUAAGUCAGAUUACACAGUUAUUGAUUUAAGUUAUGUUGAGGUAGGUGCUAUUAGUGAACGGAAUGUUGGAUCUACAAUAAGUGGGGUACAGCAAAGACCUCAUCCAUUAGAUACAGAAGAUGAGGGAAUUGAAAUGAAAAUUAUUGAACCACGUAGACAAUUUAUAGCACGUGCUACUGUUGAUAUAGCUCAAACUCCUGUAGAUACCACGAUAAAAUUUCCGAUUUGUGAACAUAACGGUAAACAAGAUAAAUCAAAAAUAUCAGUUAGUGCAGAGGUGACGGGUGCCCUUCCAUUUCAAACUUAUAACAGUGCGAAAUGUGUUAUUGGUGGUUCAGGAAACAAUACUAACAAUAGUCAAGGAAAAGGAAUCUCAAGUUUAUGUUCCAUGAUGCCAGCUUCUUGGCAGAUUCAAAAUAAUGCAAUAGAACUUCCAAGAUGUACAACACAGUAUGCCAUAAUGAAAGAUGCGACUUCAUCCGGGGAAAAAAAAUCUCUUGAUGAAAAUGGUAAUGCUGUACAAAGUUAUAAUGCAGAACGAAAGAAACGCGGAAAGAAACACACCCAGGAACCUAAUGUUAUUGUUUAUAAUGCCGAAAGCGUUGUAGGACAUCGUAAUGAGGAUGAUAUUGAUAGUUUACUUAACUUCAUAGAAAGCAAAGAAUCUAAAGGCAAAAAAAAUAAAACUGGUAAUCCUGUUAGAGUGAAAUCUAGUUCUGGAACAAAACCAAGAACAAGAGAAAAGGAUUCUAAAAGAGAACAAUUAUCGGCCAAGUUACAAAAAUCCAAUUCUUUGGAGGAAAUAUCAAAAACAAAACUCGAGGACCUCACUACAGAAAAAAGUAUUAGUUCUAGCGGCACUAGCAGUAUCUCCAGUCAGCAUAGUACGAUAAACGUGGCACUACGUCGUGCAAAACAAAGAAGUACAGGCGAUGCUGCGGUAGAUUGUCGUGGUGAUAGACGUUCUUGGGGAACGGAAGAGGGUCAAUCUAUAUAUUGCAAUGAUACUGGAGACGAUUAUACUAGUCGUCGAAAUUCAAACAAGAAAAUUAAUCCAGAACCAGAAACAGAGCCUGACUUUCUAAUAGUUACUAAGAAGAAGAAGACUAAAAAACAACGUAGAAGUUCCAGCGGUAGUAGAGCACAAAACUUAUCAACAGCUGGAUCAUAUUUACAAAAUACAAGAGGAUUUUCUAACGAAUAUAGAGCACCACUUUCGCCGGAGCUCAGAAGAAAAUCUGCAAGCAGUAUGCCGCCAAGUGAUAAAUCGGAUAGUAGCGACUUGGACUCGGUCCAUUCGUUACCUGUCACAUCGAAUACCUCGAAACAUAAUUUAUCAAAAACAGCAACCUCUUCUGGAGGAACACCACAAGCAAGCUAUGCGGAUAUAGCUCGCAUGGCCACAAUGAAUAUGUCACAUAAUUCUGUUUUAAAUAUGCCAGUAAUGGUCCCAAGCAUGUUAAAUACGGCAUCUUGGCCAAGAGUUCCACCUAAAACUCCCUCGGAACCAGACAAAUUACCUCAAGAUUAUUAUCCAAGUUUGGAUGAAUUACAACACUCUGAUAGGAAGCCGAAACAGCAUGGUUUUGCACAUUCGAAUCAUAUGCACAAUGUUGGUCUUACUUUCGAAAAGCCACCAUCGCCAACUUUAUCAAAGAUUAAAAAUUCAUCAGAUCAAAAGAAGGCAGAAGCUCAAGAAGAGGCAAUUAAUAAAAAUAUGCAAGUUUUCAAGUAUGUCCAGGAUAUAGAGAAAAUGCAACGAAGUUUAACGCAACAAGAACCAAAACAUAUGAACUUAAUUAAUUGCAAUCCUCAUUCAAAUGAGACACCAAAUGCAGUUCAACCUAAAUUAAAUAAUACAGCAGGUUGUAAUCCAUUUGACUCAGAAAACAACAAUCCUAAUUACGCUAAUAACAAUAAGGAUGUUACGAAUGUAAAAGUAAAUAAUCCUCGAAGUAGGAGAAGUUACUCGCAAAGUAAUCAAAAUAUUCAAAAUCAACAAGAAGAGUUACAUUAUAGGAAAACUGGAUAUCAAGAUGAGAAUGUUAAGAAAAUACAUAACGCAGAUAGUUCUGUUGUAUAUUGUGAAACCAAAGUUAACGUAAUAGGAUCGAUAGUAGAUGAUAAUGAGGCACAAAAACUUAAAGGAUCGAAUAAUCCAAAGUCGACACAUGAAAUACAGAGUGCCGAUGUAGACUCUGUUAAAACACACAUGAAAAUGGAUAAAAUGAUAAAAACUGUGAAAGAGCAAUCUGGAAAAUCUGGAAUCGUGCUAUCUUACAAUACGAAGCAUGAUAAUCAAGAUGAUAAUGGAAAUAAAAAGACAAAAUCAUUAAUGUCUACUGCAACGGAAAAUGAACAACCGCAAAAAUCCAUAGAAACACAAGGAUCUACAAAGAAGAAUAAUACUUCUUCUAGACCUGCAGUUAUCUUGUUAGAUGAAACAUCAGACUUUAUGAAAGGUAGUGAUCUACCAACAGAGUUAACUUUUGGAUUUGAGAUUAAUGAACAACUUUUACUCUCCGAAGAUUCUGUGGAAACUCCACCUGCCAAUCCUACAUUUCCUUCCUUGGUUCAACCACUUCUUAAUAAACCACCUCCGAAUUUCGACAGGGCUCCUGCUCUCUACGAUAAACAUGUGAGAUACGAUAAAUUUCCUCCAAAUUUUCAUAUGCAAUCGCCUAACGCUCACGUGGCCCAGCAACCUGUACAUUCUGUUAUGGUUCCAUCUUUAACAUAUAUUGGAUAUCCAACAAGGUUUCCACCACCAAUGUUUUCACCGCCACCACCACCUCCGCCACCUGUCAUCAUAGAGAAAUACAAUCAUCAACCAAAGGAAGAUUUUUCGAUGCUAUAUGUAGCACCUGAAGAAGAUGUGAAUAUACAGAAUUAUAAUCACGAUAAAAUUGUCUCAUUUGUUGGAUUAGCGUGGGAUGCUGUUAUGAGAGAGACAGCAGAAACAGGCAGAAUACAAUAUUACAGUGGACAGUGAAAUGGACUUAAUUCUAUAAACAAAAAUAUACUUAUACAGUUUGAUAUGAGUGAACUAUUAUCUACGUAUUAUUACAUUCGGAAAAGCUAUUUAACUUAAAUACCAGAUAACAUAUUUGAAAAGGUUGAUGUAAUGGAUAGAAAUAUUUCUAAAAUCUGAUCAGGAUUUUGGUAAAAUGCAUCAACUGUUGUCUGAAACUGGAUUUCAUUAUUAAUGUUAUACCAGGAAAGCCGAACGGCGCAGUGUGCCUCAAGAGAUAAUAAUGUAAAUAGGUCAGUUACCAAAAAAAAAGAAAAAAAUGGAGACUGCAAAGGAUACAUUUUUCAUCUAUGUACAUAAAUUAUGCUUACACAACCUUUUGCAAAAACGAUAGCAACAUAUGAUUCAUAAUAUUCACACAUAAUGCCAUCUUUGACUGGAAAUGAUGAAUUAAUAUAACAAGAAGUGUAUGUUGCUCCUCUCUCAUGAAAAGAAGGUAAUUCUUGUAUUAUUUAAGCCAUAUACAUAUAUAUAUGUGUGUGUAUAUAUAUAUAUGUAUAUAUAUAUAUAUAUAUUACGGUCGUGCAUAUGGUUUAGAGAAGUAUCCUUGGGGCACCACCUAAUAAACAUAUGGCUUCAAGAAUUGCAUAAGAAUAUGUUAAUGGAUUUAAGACGAUUCAAAAUUAUAUUGCAAUCAAGCAAGUUUAAGAUGCUUACACUGCAAGAACUGUUUAAUGCUGAUGCCUUUAAAAAUUACAGAUUUGUCAUUUUAGUGCAUCAUAUAUAAAAACUCUAUGGUUAAUUUAUAAAUAAUGUGUUGCAUUAACUAUCCAACUGUCUAACCAAGAUACUCCAUUGAACUGUUAUCAAGCAUCUACCAAUGUCUUGAUAUCUUGCGAGCUGGAACGACCUAUUUGUACAUGGAUGUGGGGUGAUUGAAGUGGUUAGUGGGUUUUCAUCAAAGCACUAGGAAUAAAAAAUGAAAAUAGUGAAAAGCUAGAAGCAUAUACUUUAUUUGAAACAGCAUCAUGGAAAGUAAAGGAAAUUAUAAACAGUGUUAAGUGUAUUAGGAAAAGUAAACAUAAGAGUGACAUUAAAACAUAUGUGUAACAUAUUAAAACAGUGUGAUUAACUUGAUAUGGAGUUAUAUAUACUCCGUGAAGUGGUUACUUCUUCCAGCUGUGGCAGAUGAUAAUUUAAGAAAGUAUCAUAUAAAUUGGUUUUCGAAAAUGAUGCGCUCCAGUUGAACUGAUUCUAUGCAGUGAUAUUUCGAGAGUGCGAAUGUGUCGAAACUCACUAAAUUUUUACACACAGACUCGCUUAUGUAACAAAUAACUAAUCAUUAAUUAUCGGUAAUGAUAAUUGUAAUAAAAUACUUGCUUGUGAUCAUAAAAAUUGAGGGUGUGAAUGCAUGUAGUUUACCUAGGUAAUCUUUUAUUUUAUUGGUAGAUUUCAUUAGUGGGAUUGCUGUACACAAUUGUGUGAUAAUUAUAUAUGAAAAAUAAUUGACUUAAGCACUUUAUAGAAAUUGUGCAGUAUAUUCCAAAAUUUGAGUGUGUUUCUAAUUAAGAUUAUAAUUAUAUAUAUAUAUAAGUCUGAAAUAUUAAGCAUUAAAUUUAGAAUGUCAUAUUUUGUAGUUUUCCUCAGAUAUUAACUUCUUGUUAUGUUAAAGUAGUAAUCAUCUGAAAGAGUAAGAGAUGUGUUCCUAAAAAGAUCCAAAUAUUACAAAAAAAUUACCAUUUAUAUAUAUUCUUGUAUAUUAUAUAUGAACAUGAUAUAUAAUUUUUUCAUUUAAAAAAAAAAAUAAUGCUUUAUUUUAAUUUUUCUUAUAAAUCUUCGAUUUCACAUAUAUAAAAAUAAUAUUUUUUACUUAAUAUCAAAUUUGUUUACUUUUUUGUUACACUACUUUUCAUAUAAGUCCACGUGAUUAAGCUGCGUAUGAUAAAUGCAUUUAUAUAAAAUGAUAAUACGUAGCUUGCGGUUAGGUGUGGAUUUAUAGUUCUCUUGCUCAAGCUCCAAGUUACUAUUAUACUUUUUUUUCUUUUUUUAUGACAAUGGUACUUGUACUGCAGUGGUUGGUCAUUUGUGAUCAUAAAUAUUUGCCAUAAUGUAAAAUAAUUUAAAAUUAGUGAUCCUUUAUAAUCAGUUUCAUAUAAUCUAAAUAAUAACAGUUUAUCUAGUAGUUUAGUUGUGACAGCAAUCUUUCUAAUUGAAUAUAGAAUUUAUGGAUGAUUGUGAGGAUUAUAUUAUAAGUGGUAAUAACUAAAUAACAUAUUACCAAUGAUAAGUUUCAUAUGAAAGCAUGAUGAGUAUCAUCUACUUAGUAUUAAUGAGAUUUGAUCACUAUUAAGAUAUAAGAUUAAUAACUUUUGUUAUUGUUUUUUUUCGUAAUAUCGAAAUUAUGUAUGAGAGUGAAAAGAAAAAAAAAAAGAACUUUGUUGAUAUUCUUUUUUAGUUUGUUCGAUAAUAUAGCCCAGCUGGGGGUGCAGCUUUGAACUAGCAAAGAGAGUUUAAGUAUUUAGUAUGAGAAAUAUAAAUGCAUAUUGGAUAAUUAGCAAAAAGAAAAUAUAAUCUUCUCUAACAACAAAAUUAUAAUUGUACAUGUAAAUAUACAAUUGUACAUCAAAAUAUCGCAAAUACAGGAUUUUUAAUGUAGACAAUAUUGCAGCAAUUAAUCUUAUCGUAUAACACGUUUUGUGUAAAUAUUGCACAAAAUCAUUUUGACCAAUAUAUAUAUAUAUUCCAUUUUGUUUAAACAUGGUAAAAAUACAAAGAAAGUAUUUUCGCGUUCGACAUUAUAUUGAUUUUUAGUUGGACUUGUACGUAUCACAUAUAUUAUUUAUGUUUCACGAAAUGCUUUUAAAAUUCUACAUACACAUAUAUAUAUUAUGUUAAUUCUAAAUUCAUAACAUUUAUUAAUAGUUUUAAUUGAUCAAUUUAUCAUUUUAAACCCCCAAGACUUCAAGGAGUUGAGUAAAUUUAAUAUGUGUCGUUUAGAUGGGAUAAUAUUUUCUUUGACAAACUUUAAUCCAAUAUGCAUAAAACUGUUCAAGUCAGGUGCUCCAUCGCCUUAAAAUAAAGUAAAGUAAAAUAAUAGAUAACAAUAUCAGCUCGUGCCAUUGACCGGUUCAAAUGGCUAAAAAUAACAAGAUUCACACAGAGUAGUUACAUUAAGGAAAACAAGCAGAUGUACUUCAUGAGAAAAAUAGGACCAUAAAAUAUGUAAAUAAUUUAGCGUGGGGAGGCAGCUAUGCUAAACUACACAUUGCAUCCAAAAUACACAUAUUUUAAUAAUUUCGUUAAAUAUGCGAAAAAGGCAGAAAUAAAAGAAGUCGCCAUGUAGGCCGAAAUAUAUAUAUACAUUCACAUAUAUAUAUAUAUAUCUUUGUUUCCGAAUCUACAACUAAUGAUCGUUGUUAAGAGAUAUUGACUAAUGAUUAAAGAUCUAUGUAAACACAGAAAGCAGCGAACUAUUUCUCUUUACUAUCACUAUUCUUUAACAGUGUAGGCAAAAGUACAAAUGCUUUAUUUUCUUAUACGUUUAGGCUACUCGCAUUUAUUCAGAAAUAUGUGGCCUACGCAUUAUUGUUCAUGCCAUUGAUCUUUUAAAUGUAAAUGAUUUUCUUUGUUUUUUUUUUUUUUUUAAGACAGCAAUUUGUCACACAUACACAGAAUCGAUCAUUUUGCACUUAGAGUCAAAGUUCCCGCAUUAUUAUUUUAACUAAUUAUUACAGUGCGUUAAAAGAACUUUCGUCGUUUUAUAUACAUCACAAUUGUGCGAAGUUUAUCGUCGAAGAUGUUUUGAAAGUUCGUGAAUAUUAUCCAUCUUUAAAAUUCUUCCCUCCUUUUAUUAUUAUUAUUAUUAUUAUUUUUAUUAUUAUUAUUAUUAUUAUUAUUAUUAUUAUUAUUAUUAUUAUUUCGUUUUUUGGAUAACUUUGUACAUGCAUAUCGUACUUCAUUAGACGUUCCUUCCAAGAUAUGCUUCGUCUGUAAGGAUUGGAUUUAAAUUCGAUUGUACGAUGAUAUAUGCGCGAAUACAUAUAUCGCAAUCCUGUAAAAAGAAUUAGUAAAAAUCGAGAGAAGUUCGGUUACGAUCGAGAUGAAAGGUCCGACCCGCGAUCUCAUUGUUAGCCUUGUAUCACUGUACAAUUUGUUAUUCGACGUGAUGAGCGAUUUUCUGUAUUGUAUAUAUAUAUACAUUUAAUAACUAUUAUUAUCAUUAUGAAAACUACUCGAUUACUAUAAAUUAGAUUGGUAUGGAAUAGCGAUGAACGACGAAUGAGAGAAAUGACGAAAGAGAGAAAGAGAGAGAGAGAGAGAGAGAGAGAGAGAGAGAGAGAAAGUUAACGCAGUGUGAUUGUGUGAGAAAGAAAAAAAACAAAUAAUUUGUGCAAAAGAGCGCAUUGGGAAAAGGCUGUGCUGCCCAGCUGAGAAAAAAAAAAAUAUAAAUAUAUAUGCGAGAGAGAAAGAAUGUUAU